AUGGAUGGAAGCGACUGUAAUAAGAGGACAAAGAGUGAGUGUGACAGAAUAAGUGAAUUACCUGAUGAGAUCAUACACACCAUACUGUCUUUACUACCCUUGAGACAAGCCGCGGCCACUAGCCUUCUUUCUCACCGAUGGCGCCAUUCGUGGAAGCACACUUCUAAUCUCGACUUUUACGACAAACUCUACAUUUUAAUCAAUCGCAACAAAUGGCGUGCGGAGACAUGCCACCGUGUCCAAAUGGUCAAUUCGGUUCUUGAAUCACACCAAGCCCUUUUCAUUAACCAGUUCACAAUUUCGAUUUACGUAAAGAAAUCAGCACAUAGCACAAUCACAAUCACCAAAUGGCUAGAAUUCGCGCAGUCGAGACAAGUUGAGCGAUUGGAUUUAAACUUCAACUCUAUGACUAGGAGUGAAAGGCGUGCGAUUGUGUUAGAAGAUUUGGUGCGAGAGAUGAGGCCUAUGAAAUAUCUCAAGGCUCUGUCUCUCGCAGCUAUGAAAGUGAGUGGCCAAGACAUAACAUAUUUCCUCAAAAAUUGUCCCUUGUUGAGGGAACUCAAUAUCACAAAAUCGUCUUUCACGUCUCAUGUUCAUGUCUCUAGUGAUUUGGAGAUUCUUCGGAUACGUCGAUGCAUCUUUAGGAAAUUCAUUAUUGAAAUUUCUGCUCCACAUCUUUAUGAAGUUGUUGCCGAUGCAAAACCAGGCGCCCUACGGUUCAAGAAUGCUCCAAGACUUGCCAUAGCAAGUCUUGGAAUUGGAAGUCUAAAAUUCAAUAAUGCUUCAACACUAUCUUGCUUUACUUCACAUCUCCAAAAACUCAUAUUGUAUAUCCCAUACUCAAAACGUAAGAUUCUUUUAAGGGAAGGGCUUCCUUAUAUGCCUAAUCUAAAGGAGUUGUACGUUGUAGUUUCGCGUUUCCAUGUGCACCACUGUCUUGAGCCGGUAACAUCUAUAAUAUCGGCAUGUCCUCAUCUUCAGAUGUUAACGUUCAAGUUGUAUAUGUAUAACGAUAUGGAUGAAAGAUGCCCAGACAAAUAUGAAUAUAGCCAAAUUUAUGGCUAUGGACCAUCACAUGUUUAUGGAUGCCCACACCAACGUCUCAGAAUGUUAAAGUUUCAAGGAUCGUGUGCGACCGAUAUCAUCAAACUGAUGACCUAUAUUUCAGUUUGUUGUGAUGCAUAUCAAAAGAUAAAUCCUUGUAAUACUACUUUACAUAUGAGUGAGACUAAGGGUCAAGCUCAUAUGGUCCAUAUGCAACAACUUCUAUCCCAGUUACCUCAUCAAGUUGAAUUCGAGCUUAUAUAA